AUGCCAAAGGAGCGAGCUAAGCUCUCUUCUGUACCUCCACCUUUAGCUCAGAGCAGUUACAUAGGAGUUCCUCCAGCUUUGCUCCGCGACCUGGUCGAAACCUAUUUCAGCCAUGCUUACAACGCCCCGCUUCUGUUGCAUAAGCAGACAUUUCUAAGGGAGGUUUCAGAAGGCACGGUCAAGGCCUCUGUUGCACUCGCCGUAUGUGCGUUUGCUUCCAACUUCCACCGUAACAGCAAUGGAGAUCUUCUCCUUAAGAGUAGCGGAUUUGGUGUCGAGUGGGCAGAGCGUGCUGGGAAACUCGUCUUCGAUGUCAUUGAGAGUCCGCAGGAAGACAACGUUAUCACUUGCCUAAUUCUUGCGCUUUUUUGGUACAACCAGGGCUCAUGGCAACGGUCUUAUAUCCUCAAAGGAAAUGCGAUACAAACAGCCCACCUCCUGGGCAUGGGGAGACAGCCAAGGCUUGAUAGACGAUCUCUUAGUUCAGAGUUACGUCGCCGGCGCUUCUGGGCAUGCUACUUGAUCGAGUGUCACGCCUCGAACUCGACCCACGUCCUGGAUGCCUCCGAGCAAAUCUACAGCCUUCCCCUCCCGUGCACUGAAGAAGAGUUCGAAAACGGAAUAUCCGAACAACCGGACGUAUUUCUUGCCUGCGAGCAAAGCACUGGUGGAAUCUUCUGUGAAAUGAUAAGAGCCCUCUGGUUCUGGGCCCAGGUUUACAGUUUGAUCAAGACUCCUGAGCUCCAGGAUGACGUAAGUAUUCACGACAUUGGUUUACUGGACACAAAAAUAUCAGAGUGGUGGUCUAGAAUCCCAGACUGGAUGAAGCUCAAUCCUGGUGACCUCGCGCGGACGCCGCCGGCAUGCCUACCACGACUCUUGCUCGUUCAUGCUGUGUACCGUCAGUGUCUCUGUGCCCUUCACUCUUCUAUCGUUCCCUUGUUCUCUUGGGGUCACGAUGGGAAGAGUUCUCUCCUUGCGCGGCAGAUCUCGGCUCAAGUGGCCUAUGAGCAUGCCUCCGCUGCCUCAGAACUGUUCAGCACCAUUUUCGAUUAUCUACCCGAUCCGAAUGCAAUGCCAAGCUUUGUCGCUUACAAUGCUUAUUGUGGUUGUGCUAUCCAAGUACCCUUUAUGAGUUCCCCAAAUCCGGCAGUAAGGGAACGCGCGAUCCGCAACGUGGAGGCCAACAGAAGAGUUAUUCACUUGGUGGCGCAAUCCUGGAAAUAUGCCGAUUUACUGGACCGUUACAGUUCUUACCUCCUGGCCGUGUUCGAAAAGCACCCUGUAUCACUGGCUGGAGAACCCAAACAUUUGGAGUCAAGCACAUUUCGUGAAUUACGAGCACCAGCCCCAAGGGUAAGACUUUCAAUAUUGGCUCACAAUCGGAUGGUGUGCGAAGACGACUGUUGGAGUCUGCCAGGCGAGGAACCGAAGGAUCUUGACAUCGAACCCCGUCAGGAGGGUCAGUCUAUGAGUCCUUCGGGAGGAGAGCCGCAUGCUGGUGCAAUGGUCAACAGAAACUACGCCGCGGCAACUAUUAUGUCGGGUGAGCCUCAGCUGCACAAUCCGACGGUUCAGUUUCAGCAGAUAUUGGCAGGCUUCGAUGAUCAACUGCCAGAUGCUUCAGGGUCGUUUCUCAGCGGUACCGAUAUUUUUGUCCCAUGGAGCUCGAGCGACGAGGCGAGUGCGGACUUAGCCCUGUUUGACAUGGGUGUUCUCAAUGGCACGUCGACAGAUCUAUUAUCGUACCCAGGCUAG